AUGCACUACCCUUUUCGUAUUUCACGAAGAUGUGAAUGCGAUCAUUCUUUAAACGCACUUUUGGUGACGUCUGGUGUAUAUUGGGGUCGUACACAGACAAACACCUGCCCAAUGGCAAUUUCUUCGAUAUCAGUUCUAUUUCUAUGCGUUGUGGCAACGACUGUAUCAGCACGUAUAUUCCGAAUCAGUAAUAAUUGUGACCAAAAAUUAUGGUUUGGUAUACAAGGCCAGCCUUUGGUUUACGGUGGUGGUUUUGAAGUCGAAUCGCGCUCAUCGAAAGAUCUUACAAUUCCAGAUGGAUGGGUUAGCGGACGAAUUUGGCCACGUACAGCAUGCCGAUCAGUUAAUGGAAAAAUUACAUGCGCCACAGGUGAUUGUGGUGCACCAGUAAACAAUUUCGGUGUUCAAUGUAAUGGUAUUGGUGGUCAACCACCGGCCACUAUUGCUGAAUUUACUUUGGAUGGUUGGGGCGGUUCUGAUUAUUAUGAUUUGUCAAAUGUCGAUGGUCACUCCAUUGGUAUGACAAUUAAACCAAUUCCUGGUCAAUAUACAAUGGUCAACAAUCCGUCCUUGGGAAAAUACAACUGCGGAACAGCUACAUGUACAUUUGAUGCCAGUAAAUGCCCACCUGAAUUGCAAAUGGAUGACGGCACUGGCCACAAGGUAUGUGCAAGCAUCUGUGCUGCUAUUCACAAUGCUGGACAACGUGCUAAACACACACAUUUACAAAAUAUCUACAACAAUCCUGACACACGUUCAUUGGUUUGUUGUUCAUGCGAUGGCAAUUAUUGUGUCUCACCACAUGAUAACGUCACACCGGGCCGAAAAUGUUACGUAGAACAAUGGCCACGAUCAACACAAAAUACAAGAUAUGAUGAGGUCUUCAAAUCACAAUGUCCCGAUGCUUACUCUUGGCAAUUUGAUGAUUUUGCCAGUACCUAUCAAUGUUACAAGGCCAACUAUGAAAUCAUUCUCUGCCCAUCGGGUAAUCCCUCAACUAGUGGACCUAAUCCAACAACAUCACAACCAUCAACAGGCAACUUCUGUAAUGGACAAGGUUUUGAUCCUAACAUGUACUGGUGCGACGGUGGUCGUCUCUGUUUGAAAGGCGAAAAAGCAUGUGGUUCCAACCCACAUGCCUGCUACAAAGAUACCAUGUACCAAUGUGUCAACGGUCAACUCCGACCAAAAUAA